CGUUUUAUGCUUAAUCCGCGAAUAAAGUGACUUUUACUUUGAAAAUUGCAACAAAGUUCUUUCGCAACCCACCAUUAAAUUAAAAAGAAGGAGAAGAAGAAGAAAAUUGCAACAUCCGGGUGACGUCCGUGUUUAUGCUUUAACUUGUGUUUACGUUGCAUCCAGCGUCCUAAAAUAAUGACGAUAUUUUCCAGCCAGAGAUCGAAUCACAGCAAUUGAUUUAACCGAUGGCGCAGUAGAGUGUCCUGAAGACUCCAGAUCCUCCACUUCCUCCCCCUCUUGAUCCAGACCCAUAUAAUGUGGUCCCUCUAUACCUAUCAUCACCUGCUAGCCUUUCUCCUCACGUUCCUCAGCUAUGUCCUGCUUCACGCUUCACGAAAGACUUUUAGUAAUGUGAAAGUGAGCAUCUCAGCACAGUGGACGCCAUCAGCAUUGCAGCAGAAUGGCAGCAAUUCAUCUUUGUCUCCUGGGGAGACAUGGGAGGAAAACCAACUGUUUGCUGAUGUGGAAGAGGCCACAUUGUUCCUGGGUGCUCUGGACUCAAUCUUUCUCUUCUCUUAUGCUGUGGGUUUGUAUAUCAGUGGAGUAAUUGGUGAUCGUUUCAACCUUCGCUAUGUCCUUUCCUUUGGUUUAUGUGGAUCCGCUGUCACGGAAUUUGUGUUUGGCACUUUGACAGAGUGGCUACACUUUUAUAACGUGUACUUUUACUGCAUCUUGUGGGUGAUAAAUGGACUGCUGCAAUCUACAGUUUGGCCCUGUGUUGUGGCCAUCAUGGGCAACUGGUUUGGAAAAUCUGGGCGAGGCUUCAUUUUUGGACUUUGGAGUGCAUGUGCAUCCGUGGGGAAUAUUCUGGGUGCGUUUCUUGCCUCCAGUGUCCUGAAGUAUGGUUAUGAGUAUGCUUUUCUCGUGACAUCAGUGGUGCAGUUUGCAGGUGGUGUGGUGGUGUUUUUUGGCCUGCUUACAUCUCCAAAAGAAAUUGGACUAAGCGACUACUCUGAGACUGGUCUGAGAUCAGUGACAAGAGACUCAGACAGUCAGCAUCCUCUGAUGAAUGAUGAUGAAGAUGCGUUAUGUGAUGAUUACUCCAUACAGCAGCGGGAUGAGGAGCUUGAACCACAGCCCAAAGCCAUCGGCUUUCUCCAGGCCUUCUGCCUGCCAGGAGUCAUUCCUUAUUCUCUGGCCUAUGCAUGCCUGAAGCUGGUCAACUACUCUUUCUUCUUCUGGCUGCCAUUUUAUCUCUGCAACAACUUCGGCUGGAAGGAGGUUCAGGCAGACCGGCUAUCUGUAUGGUAUGAUGUAGGAGGCAUUGUUGGAGGAACAGUACAGGGCUUGAUCUCAGAUGUUUUGGGGAAGCGAGCUCCUGUGUUAGCGAUCAGUUUGCUUCUGGCCAUGGGAGCAUUAGUGGGAUACAGCCGUGAAAUUUACAAGCUGGUAAAUGGAGCUCUUCUAGCAACAACAGGUUUCCUUAUCGGAGGCCCAUCAAACAUAAUCAGUUCAGCGAUUUCUGCAGAUUUGGGUCGACAGGGGGCACUGCAGAAUAGUCAGCAGGCUUUGGCCACAGUCACAGGAAUAGUGGACGGCACAGGCAGCAUUGGAGCUGCAGGGGGACAGUAUCUGGUAUCACUUAUUGAGAGCAAAUUAGGAUGGAUGUGCGUCUUCUAUUUCUUCAUAAUCAUGACAGGGUGCAGUGUACUCUUCAUCAUCCCACUCCUUUACCGUGAAAUCUGCUCCUUGUGCCGAGACAGUCAAGCUCGAACACAUCAGCUCUGAGUUGGACUUCCUUUGCCUGAAUCUGAAUAGAAAAAUAGGACAUUUUGAAAAUACAGACAUCCUAUUUGAGAAUUCACCCUCUGUUUUAGAAUGUUGCUUUUAGCAACAGAAAUCUCACAUUAAGUCUGGCUACUCCAUAUCAAGGCAAUGUUUAGAAAAAUGUGUUUUUUCUUUAAUUAACAUAAAAACUAAAUUUCACAAAAUAAUCUGAUUCUGAACUUAUUUUUUGGAAGACUCUUUGCAAUGUGAUGACUCAUACAUCAUUACUCUAGCAACUAGUGUCUAAGCAAAAGAACUGCAAAAUGACAGUGUGGUCAUUUCUAAAGGUACGAUAUGGAAACCAAAUCAAAUCUGUGUGCGAACAAAGCUUUAGAUUUGUUGCAGAUCUAUUUUAAAUCUCUUCCUCAAAUUAUUCCAUUUAUGAACACCAUCCCAGGAUGCUGCUUAAGGCCUAUUUUUGUUUUAAUUCUGGGUAUUGGUUUUAUGAAAGUUUUUAAAUUCCAAUUUUAUAAUUGUUGUUAGAGGGCAGGACCCUCUUGAGUUUAAUUCAUGGUGAUUGUAGCCUGAUUGAAUAGUGUAUCAAAUGAUUACUUAAACUGAGGGCAUAGAUUCAUAGCAGGUGGUAAUUUGGGUGUUAGAUGUGCACCAUUUUUUCAGUUGCACUUUAGUGUCAAAAAUGUUAAAUGUAUAAUUGUAUAUUUAAAUGUAACACUAUAAUUCAGCAAAUGUAUGUUUUGCAUUUAUUGUAACAUGUACAGUUGUUGCUUGAAUGUUUGAAAUAUGUGGUAUGUUGUUCCUGCAUAUAUAGUUGUAUAUGUCAUAAUAAAUACAGGCAAAUAACCUGUCUUUAUUUAA